AUGCGGAGCGUCAUCCCCAUCAACCAGAACUGGCACUUCAAGCAGGCGGACAAGCCCGACGACGCAUACCUCCCCGUCGCGCAGUUCCCGACCAACGUCCACCUUGACCUCCUGCACCACAAGCUCAUCCCCGAUCCGUUCCCGGGCAAGAAUGAGCUCGACGUGCAAUGGGUCGGCGAGACGGUCUGGGUCUACCGGACCGCCUUUCCCACGCCUGAGAAGCUCCACGGGGCCGCCAAAGUGGUGCUGGCGUUUGACGGGCUCGAUACCUUUGCCACGGUCAAGCUGAACGGCAAGACCAUCCUGGAGACGGACAACAUGUUCAUCCCAGAGAGGGUCGAUGUCACGCAACAUCUGGUGGACGGCGGCAAGGACAACGAGCUCGUCAUUGAGUUUGACGCGGCGUACUUUCGCGGGUGGAAGCUCGUGGACGAGCACCCCGAGCACAGAUGGGGGUGCUGGAACGGCGACAACUCGCGGCUGCCGGUGCGGAAAGCACAAUAUCACUGGGGCUGGGACUGGGGUCCGGUGCUCAUGACAUGCGGCCCUUGGAGGCCCAUCAGCCUUGAGAUCUACGAGUCUCGCCUCACGGACCUCUACGUCGACAUCGACGUUGACAGCUCCCUCAAGAGCGCCAAGGUCGUCGCUCACGCGUCCACCGAGGGCAAGGCCGCUUCAGUCCGCUUCGACAUCUCCCUCGGGGACAAGAGCGUGGCGUCAGAGACGGUCGACGUCGCCGACCACGACGCCGUCGCGACCUUCAAGGUCCAGAACCCAGAGCUGUGGUACCCGAUCCGCUACGGCCAGCAGCCGCUGUACACCAUCAGAGCCACCCUCCUCGAUGGCCACGCCGAGGCCGACAGUGUUGCCAAGAGGAUCGGCCUGCGCCGCGCCGAGCUCGUCCAGCGCCCGCUCGACGGCCAGCCCGGCACGUCCUUCUUCUUCCGCAUCAACAACGUGCCCGUCUUCUGCGGCGGCAGCGACUGGAUCCCCGCCGACAACUUCCUCCCGCGCAUAACCCCGGAGCGGUAUCGCGACUGGGUGCGCCUCGUCGCCGAGGGCAACCAGUUCAUGAUCCGCGUCUGGGGCGGCGGCAUCUACGAGGACCAGGCCUUCUACGACGCCUGCGACGAGAUGGGCAUCCUCGUCUGGCAGGACUUUAUGUUUGGCUGCGGCAACUACCCCGCAUACCCCGAGAUCCUCGAGUCCAUCGACCGCGAGGCCAGGGUGAACGUCAAGCUGCUGCGACACCACCCGUGUCUCGUCAUCUGGGCUGGAAACAACGAGGACUACCAGUUCGCCGAACAGGAGGGGUUGAAGUACGACCCCAGCGACAUGAACCCUGACAACUGGCUCAAGACCGACUUCCCCGCUCGUUACAUCUACGAGAAGCUCCUCCCAGACGUCUGCAAGGACCUCAUCCCCGACACGUACUACCACCCAGGCAGCCCGUGGGGCGGCAACCACACAACCGACCCCACGGCCGGCGACAUCCACCAGUGGAACGUGUGGCACGGCUCACAGGAAAAGUACCAGAACUUCGACAAGCUCGUGGGGCGCUUCGUGUCCGAGUUCGGCAUGGAGGCGUUCCCGUCCAUCAAGACCAUCGACGAGGGCUUCCUUGCGGGCGGCAAAUCGGACCCAGACCGGUACCCGCAGUCGUCGACGGUCGACUUCCACAACAAGGCGGCGGGCCACGAGCGGCGUCUUGCACUGUACCUGGUCGAGAACAUGCGGUACGCGCCGGACCCGAUCGAGCACUUUGUGUACUGCACGCAGCUCAUGCAGGCCGAGUGCCUGUCGUCGGCGUACCGGCUGUGGAAGCGCGAGUGGCGCGGCCCCGGCAAGGAGUACUGCGGCGGCGCGCUUGUCUGGCAGACCAACGACUGCUGGCCCGUGACGUCGUGGUCCAUCUGCGACUACUACCUGCGGCCCAAGCACGCCUACCACACGGUGAAGCGCGAGAUGGCGCCCCUCUCCAUCGGCAUGACGCGGAGGGAGCACACGCGCGACACCGGCGCCGCCCACUCGCGCGUGAGCGUCGAGCGCGAGGUGCGCAUCGAGAUCUGGGGCUCGAACCUCUCCCUCGACGACCUGACGGCCGACUGCGUCGUCAAGGCCUGGGACGUGGAGACGGGCGAGGAGACCUUCUCCAAGACGGUGUCGGCGGCGCAGCUCCUGCCCGCGAACCAGUCCACCGAGGUGGCCGCCCUGCCCGUGCCUGUGGGCGACGCGUCCCGCAAGGGGCUCGAGGACCGCACCGUUGUGGCCGCGUACCUGUACCGCGACGGCGAGCAGCUCGCGCGCUACGUCAACUGGCCCGAGCCGCUCAAGUACCUCCACCUGCAGAAGCCGCGGCAGCUGCGCGUGGCGCUCAGCGACGACGGCCGCAGCGUGCGCAUCAGCGCCGAGGUGCCCGUCAAGGGCCUGGCGGUGGAGUGCGACGACGACGGGGUGCGCUUCGACGACAACCUGGUGGACGUGGUGCCGGGGGAGACGGUGAGCAUCGGGGUCAGCGGCGCGAGCAGGGAGACGGUCUUUACGACGCAGUACCUGGGCAUGAUGUCUUGA